AAUGAAUACACUAACCAGCUGCGCGCUACAGACAAGGAGCACCCGCUCGCGGGCGCGGUGAUAUGCUUCACCUCUGUUCCAAUGGAGAAAAAGACUCAGCUCGCCAACGCUGCGAAAGAAAUGGGCGCCAUUGAACGACCCGAUCUUACCUCCGAAGUCACCCACCUCUUUGUUGGAUCGACCGACUCUGCGAAGUAUCAAUUUGUCGCGCGUGAAAGAAACGAUGUCCUCGUUCUCCAGCCGGGAUGGAUCGAAGCUGUGCGCGAGUUAUGGAUGCAGGGAGAAGACUUCGACAUUCAAGCCUUGGAAAAAGAGCACAAGAUACCUGCUUUCUUUGGUCUUACGCUCUGUAUCACCGGAUUUUCGGAUAUGGGGCUUCGGACGAAGAUGAAUGAUAUUGCCAUGGUGAACGGCGCAGAGUUCAGGAAAGACUUGACCAAAAGCGUUACACAUCUCGUGGCACGGACUGCGGAGGGAGAGAAAUACAAGUUCGCAACACAGUGGGGAAUCAAGGUCGUCGCAGAAAAGUGGUUUCACGACUGCGUUGAGCGUGGAAUGAUCCUUGACGAAGAGAAAUAUCACCCACUGAUGCCAAUGGACGAACAAGGUAUUGGGGCAUGGAUUCGACCUUCGCUCACAGCAGACGGUCAACCAGGGAAACCAAGACCUGCUCCUGGAGGUUCAUCAGAUAAUCGACCAAGGAAAAAGCUACGGAGAACCGCUAGUACGAAACUUAUUGGUCAAAACGAGAAUAUCUGGGGCGAUAUCAUUGGGGCUGGUUUCAUGAAUACCGAGACGAACGAGCAAGUUAAUAACGAUGACAACGAAGAAAUGGAUUCACCUCCAAGAAAGCCCGUUAUCCAAGCAGCCAAAUCCUUUGCGAGUGAGUCGGCUUUUGGGGAUUCCAUGGAGAAAAGUCAGCGAACGAUGGCACCCAAGGCCCCGGAGGGCUUCCUCAGCGGCUCCUAUAUCUAUCUUCAUGGGUUUUCUUCCAAACAUGUAGGAAUUCUGCACCGCCAUCUUGAUUCCAAUGGAGCUCAAUGCGUAGAGUCACUGGCCGAGUUCUCUCGCCCGAGUAUCCCAAAGACGGGCCAGGGUCUUUACAUUAUGGUCCCAUACCAAACUCCGAGAAAAGAAGUUCCAUCAACAGAUGACAUGGCCUUUGAAUGCGACGUUGUGACAGACAUGUGGCUAGAGAAGUGCCUACACGCACGUAAACUAGUUCCUCCUGAAUCUCACAUCGCCAGCACGCCAUUCCCCAAAUUUCCAAUUCCAGGACUUCCCGGAAUGCGAGUAUGCUCAACUGGAUUCGGUGGAAUUGAUCUUCUUCACCUCUCCAAACUGGUCAAUCUGAUGGGAGCGAAGUACGACGAGGUUCUGACGCAGCAGGCAUCUGUUCUUAUUUGCAAUGACCCCCAGACUGCAAGUGUGGACAAACUGCGGCACACCAGGGAAUGGGGUGUCCCAGCAGUCUCUGCAGAUUGGCUUUGGAUAUCUAUCAAAUCCGGUCAGAAAAAGCCCUUCGACGCAUACCUCGUACGAAAGCGGACAUCUCAACCAAGACUCAGCGAAGAAAGACCUGGUGCUGCAUUUGCCAGCGAGGCCAAUGAUCAAGAGAGCGACAACGCAAACGACGCAAAAGCACAAAGCUCGAAAGAGUCUACCCAUAGCAAGACACCUGAAAACUUGCAAGUAGCAAAGCAGAAUCGGAACCGAAUUAUGCCUAUAAUUGAUGAUGGCUUCUCAAACGACGCAGAAAAUGAUGCACCAAUGCCCUCUAUCCCAGAAUCUCGAUCUCCAACCCCAAAUACGACAGAAAACAACCAAACGGAGGAAGAGUCUACCUCUGAACAACCACAAGAAAGCCCAGCAAAGCCCGCUGCACCAUCUGCGCUGGACACUGCGCUCAAAGGACUGCUCCAACAAGCACAAGCCGCAAAAUCCCGGCAACAAAAAGAAGGCUCAGCCACAACAACAGAUGAGGACGGGUUUCCACACCGCAGAAAACGGAAACCCCUUCUAGGCCGUGCUAUAUCCCACUCAUCCACUAAACUACUCGACAACCCCGCUGCACCAUCCAGAGCUAGUUCCAUAGAUACCCUCAACGACGACGGUCUAGGAGCACCAUUGGACAGCGGCGAUCCAACACGAGAUAAUUCCCUAUCUCGUACAAACAGUCGCAUCAACGACCAAAGUCUCUCCUCGAUGUUUAGCGGUGGUGGCGGGAAAUUUGAUUUCUUAGCUGAUAAGCAGCCCUUACUUAACGGGAAUGAGGAAGACGAAGAGAAUACCGUGCCCCAGAUGACACAGCUGGAUUACGAGGAUGCCGAUGCAGCUGCUAUGCGCGCUGAAUUCUUGCGUGAUGCUGGAAAGUUACCUAGUAAGUCUAAAGAGGCUGAUACUGGGAUGUUACUUGGGGAAGCAAGGGAAUUAGAGGAUGUUGGUUGGGGAUCUAGACGGAGGACGAGGAAACAUCCCAGGAGCGAGGAUUGA